AUCAGCAUCUUCCUCCACUCCUGCACUACAGAAAUUGCCUCAAACCCCUCCCUCUCUUCACCUAAAACCCUUCUCUCUCUCUCUCUUCGCCAUCGCCGACCUCCGCUCCCCAACCAUGUCCCAUCCUCUCUCCUUCGCCGCUUCCAACCCCGUCCUCUCCCCCUUCCCUCGCCCCUCCGCCGCCGCCAGCCCCCUCCUCCGCCGCUCGCUCUUCGGCGCCCCCCUGUCGCCCCGGCCGCCGCCUCCGCUCCCCCGCGGCGCGCUCUGCGUCGCUCGGCUAGGGUUCAGUCCCGACCCCGAGAGCGCGGAGGUUUUCGCCAGGGAGCUCUUCGGCAGGGCCGAGGGGUUGCUCUACACGAUCGCCGAUGCCGCCGUCUCGUCCUCCUCCCCCGAUGCAGUCGCCGCGAGCGCUACGGACGCUAAGCAGAGCGGCGAUUGGCUCUCUGGCAUCACCAGUUCCAUGGAGAGCGUUCUCAAGGUCCUAAAGGAUGGGCUUUCUAUUUUGCAUGUACCGUAUGCAUAUGGAUUUGCAAUUAUUCUCCUGACGGUACUUGUCAAGGCUGCUACAUUUCCCUUGACAAAGAAACAGGUAGAAUCAGCUAUGGCAAUGCGCUCUCUGCAACCACAGAUAAAGGCUAUUCAGGAACAAUAUGCGGGUGAUCAGGAGAGAAUUCAACUCGAAACUGCUCGAUUGUAUAAACUAGCUGGAAUAAAUCCAUUGGCAGGUUGCUUGCCCACACUUGCCACUAUACCAGUGUGGAUUGGGCUUUAUAGGGCUCUUUCAAACGUGGCUGACGAGGGACUCCUUACAGAAGGUUUCUUCUGGAUACCUUCCCUGGCUGGACCAACUACAAUUGCAGCUCGACAAAACGGAAGUGGCAUCUCUUGGCUUUUUCCUUUUGUAGAUGGUCAUCCACCCCUUGGAUGGUCAGAUACACUGGCAUACCUUGUCCUGCCUUUGUUGCUGGUUUUUACUCAAUACAUGUCUGUCCAAAUCAUGCAGUCAUCUCAGAGCAAUGAUCCAAGCAUGAAGGGUUCUCAAGCAAUAACAAAAUUCCUACCUCUAAUGAUUGGAUAUUUUUCCCUUUCUGUUCCUUCUGGCCUAAGCCUUUAUUGGCUGACAAACAACAUAUUGAGCACUGCACAACAAGUAUGGCUUCAAAAGUUAGGUGGUGCUAAAAAUCCGCUCAAUGAAUUCGGCAACAACACAAUUAAACUAGAUGAAAUGCAAAAUCAGAAGAUUGAAUCUGAGUUUAUGGCAAAUUCGGCAACGACUCAAUUAAGUUCAACCAAGAAGGUCGAAGGAAAGGAAAAUUUGACUGUGGAGGGACCCCGCCCUGGUGAAAGGUUCAAGCAAAUAAAGGAGCAAGAGGAGAGGAGGCGACAGGAGAGAGAACAGCGAAAGAAAGACGCAACAGUGGCUGUUAAAGAAAUUCAAGUAGCUGAUGAAAGGCAUGAAAAAGAAACUAGUGUGCCAGAGGUAAAUAAUGAGACUAGAGCACCAUUGGUGAAUAAGAGCACUGAAGAAGCUCAAUAUAAGAAUAGUACUUAUCAUUCGUCAAAUGGUGGAGUAGCUGUCAAUGGCAACCUUUUGAGUCCUGAACUGCAGGACGACGAGAAGGCAUCACCUGCUAGGUCAGAUAAAGGUGCUGUUGUCGCAGAUAAUGAUGUUGAAAGCAAUGACAACUAGAAUGUAGACGAAAACAUGGCAAAGGGAGCAGUCAAAGCAUUCAACUGAGUUGCAUAAGUUCCUCAAAGACACAGACGCAACAAUGAAGAGUGGUCGAGGAAAAGAAGACAUGUAGCGAUAAUGUAUCGACUCUUCCUUGAGGACACAGACAUAGAGAGAGAGAGAGAGAGAGAGAGAGAGAGAGAGAGAGAGAGAGAGAGAGAGAGAGAAGCCAGUGUGAAAGGCAAAGAAGCCGUGUAGCAACUAAUAAUACCACUACGUCCAGGAGACUGGGAUACUCUUGUCUUGGACUGAUGAAGAAAAACACGAAGCAUGCUGGCUCGAAGAUGACAUUUCGUUCAUUGCACUUGUGACAGCCACUUCUGUGAAGUUCUCAUUAAAAUUUUUGAGCCUUGUGCAGCUAUAACAAGAGCCUGAGUGAAAGAAAAGGCACUCCCGGCAUAUCUUUCAGCUCUCUAGUUCAGUAUAUUUUCCUAAGUGAGAGAGUGUACCCGUUGUAUUCUUUGUACAAAAGCAGGAUGUGACCGUUAAGGCUUCUCCACAUGUAUUCUAACUUAAUAAAAACAGAGGCCGGAAGUUUUUGAGCUCAUUGAACCAAAUUUAGGAGAUCAAGGCUUUGUUUGAUUCAUGGAAAA